AUGGUUAACAAAUUGGGGUUUAAGACAGAGCCAUUGCAGAAGCCAUACCGCAUGAGGUGGUUGGAUGAAGGAAGGAAUGUACAAGUUAAUAAACGAUGCCUUAUUCCUUUCUCUAUAGGCAAGAAUUAUCAAGAUAAGGUCUGGUGUGAUGUAAUGCCUAUGGAUGCUUGCCACUUACUACUUGGGAGACCAUGGGAAUAUGACAGAAGGGCAAUUCAUGAUAGCUUCAAGAACACUUACUCUUUCUUCAAGGAUGGAAAGAAGAUCAAAUUGCUCCCAAUGAACCCUGAAGAUUUAAAGUCAAAUCCUAAAAUGAAGGAGACAUACAUUACAAGAGCUAAGGUAGAAGAACACUUGAAGGAAGGAGAGGAAGUGCUUAUUGUAGUACCUAAGGAGGUGCAAUCUAUCACCAAGAAAGAGUCAUUAGAAGUUAAUGACCCACGACUUCAAGCAAUAUUGGAUGAGUUUCAUGAUAUUGUUUCUGAUACUACACCUUCUUCCUUACCACCAAUGAGUUCAAUACAACAUCAAAUUGAUUUAAUUCCCGGGAUCGGAUUCCGAUUUUGGAAGUUAAAGUAA